CGGCGAGCGGGCGGGCCGGGGGCGGACGAUGGUGCCGGCCGCCUGCGGGGGUCCCCGCCGCCCCGACCCGCGGCCAUGGGGGCCCUGACCAGCCGCCAGCAGGCCGCCGUGGACGAGGUGGACAUCCCCUGCGGAUCCGUCUACCGAUACCCGCCCAAGUCCGGAAGCUACUUUGCCAGCCAUUUCAUCAUGGGAGGAGAGAGGUUUGACGCCACCCACCCCGAAGGCUACUUGUUUGGCGAGAACAGCGAUCUGAACUUCUUGGGGAACCGGCCGGUGGCGUUUCCAUAUGCCGCCCCGCCUCCCCAGGAGCCAGUCAAGACCCUCCGGAGUUUAAUCAACGUCAGAAAGGACACGCUGAGGCUGGUCAGGUGCCCCGAAGAAGCAAAGACCCCCGGGGAGGAGGCGAACAAAGCCAAGGUCCAGUACAAUGUGGAGUUCACAUUUGACACCGACGCCCGGGUGGCCAUCACCAUUUAUUACCAAGCCACGGAAGAGUUUCAAAACGGCAUAGCCAGCUACGUCCCCAAAGAUAACAGCCUGCAGUCGGAGACCGUCCACUACAAGCGCGGGGUGUGCCAGCAGUUCGAGCUGCCUUCCCACACUGUCGAUCCUUCUCAGUGGGCUGAAGAAGAGCUGGGCUUUGAUCUGGAUCGAGAAGUUUUCCCGCUGGUGGUUCACGCCGUGGUGGAUGAAGGAGAAGAACAUUUUGGCCACUCCCACGUGCUCCUGGCCACUUUUGAAAAGCACACAGACGGCACUUUCUGCGUGAAGCCCCUCAAACAGAAACAAGUGCCCCGCUCUGACGGGCGGUUCCAGGUGGACGGGGUCAGCUACCUCCUCCAGGAGAUCUACGGGAUCGAAAACAAGUACAACACACAGGACUCCAAGGUGGCCGAGGACGAAGUGAGCGACAACAGCGCCGAGUGCGUGGUGUGCCUCUCGGACGUCCGGGACACCCUGAUCCUGCCCUGCCGCCACCUCUGCCUCUGUAACACCUGUGCUGACACCCUGCGUUACCAGGCCAACAACUGCCCCAUCUGCCGACUGCCCUUCCGGGCCUUGCUCCAGAUCCGGGCCAUGAGGAAGAACUUGGGACCGUUGUCUCCCACCGGCUUCAACCCCAUCAUCUCCGCCCAGACGUCCGACUCCGAGGAGCACUCGUCGUCAGAACACAUCCCCGCGGGCUACGAGGUGGUGUCCCUGCUGGAGGCCCUGAAUGGCCCCCUGACCCCGGCCCCGGCCCCGGCCCCGCUCCCCAGCCUGACAGACGGCCACCUGGCAGGGAUGCUGCCCUCGUACGGUAGCGACGGCCACCUGCCGCCCGCGCGGACGCUCUCGCCGCUGGACCGCCUGCCGGACUGCGGCGGCCCGGGCCUCAAGCUCAAGAAGAGCCUGUCCAAGUCCACCUCCCAGAACUCGUCCGUCCUGCACGAAGAGGAAAAUGAACAGUCCUGCAGCGAGUCCGAAUCCUGCCUCUCCCAGAGGAGGUCCCCUCGGCAGCCUGGAGAGAUGAAGAUACUGAACCCAGAGAAAUCAAGUGACUCGACCGAGGUCACGCAGCAGGAGCGAGGCGUCACCCCGGAUAGUGAGAAUCUCACCCUGUCUUCGUCGGGGGCCAUCGACCCGUCGUCCUGCACCGGGACGCCCCUCUCCUCCACCAUCUCCUCCCCGGAAGACCCAGUGAGCAGCAGCCUGGGCCAGUCGGUCAUGUCCAUGGCUUCGUCCCAGAGCCAGCACUCACAGCUCAGCACCGACACCGUCUCCUCCAUGUCCGGCUCCUACGUCGCUCCCGGCCCCAGAGGGGAGGCAGAUGCCCUCCCGUCUCCCCUGGCCGCCAGCGGGGCCCCGUCAGAGGAGGGUGAGCUGACCCCAGUGGAGUCCCCCGAUGUCAACUUCCUUGGUGUGCGCCCCGAGGAACGGGAUGCAGAGGGGAAUGACGUCUUAGAGGAAGAAGAUGCAUCCCCCACCCAGGAAGACGGCCAGAGGACAGGCUCAUUCCUAAGUAUGGAGUGUGACAAUAACAAUGCCAUCGCCAGUGAGAAAGGUUUGGACAAUAAGCUGGGCUCUGAUGUCUGUGUACCCGCAGCGGUGCCGGAGUCCUGCCCUGUAAACAUUGACGAAUAGCCCUGGGGGGAGACAGCAAUGCCCUCCUGUCCGGGGUAGCAGAGGGGUGCGAAAGCGGAUGCUGGCGGCCAUUGCGGAUGCCGUGGACCACAGGGACGCCCAGGGCCCUGCCCGCUGGCCCUCAGCCUGGUGGACCCUGUCACAGGCCCCUUGGGAGGGGCCCUGAGGCUGCCUCCUGGGUCCUAGGCUCUCUCCUCUGCCCUUCCUGACCCAGUGCUCUAGCUUCUUCCCAGGGUCUCCCCCGGACCCCACCUCUCUGGGGAUCUCCUGGGACCACUUUUGAUAUUCCCCUAUCUCGGGGCCCCAACUCCCCCCUCCCUGUUCCUAGCUUGGCCCAGAUUGUGGAGUUGAACCCCUGGUGGUGAACCUCAGCCCUUUUAGGGGGCUCGGAGGUGGGGAGGGGGUUCUCAUCCACCUCUCCCCUCUCCUCCCUGUCCUGGCAGGAGCAGGAACUGCUGGGGGCCUUCCUUGUUUCCGCUCCGAUAUUCUGUAUUUCCCUCUGCCUGUAGGCCUCGCUCAGGCUCAAACUCCAUCAGCUCUGCCCGGACUGGGGGUCCCGGGCCUCCGAACUCCCCGCCGGUUCCCAGAACUCCUCCAAAAGAGCAAUGUGCAGUGAAACCUGGUCUUCCUGGAAGAGUAGAGGCUGGUGUCUCCUCACCUUUCUGCCGCUGGGGCCUGUGCGGGUGACUGGGGCUCCAUCUUGGGGGUAGGGAACACUGGCCACCUCCCACCAGAAUUCCGGAAAAAAGGCUUGGCACAAAACCGACAGGAAAAGCAUUGAUUCCUGCCAGGAGGCGGUUCCUAGCGUGCUCUUGGGUUUCUGCUUCCUUGACUUGUUGGUCGGGGUUAUGAUAAGGGGAUUCCUAGGGCCUGUGAGCAGGGUAACCGGAGCUGAGCUUCAGCGUGUGCUUAGCUGUGCAGGAGGGUUUCUGUGCCCCCCAAAAGCUAUGACGACUCUCAGGCUAAGGGGGGCUGUGCCCCCGAGAAUGGUACAUUUUCACCGUUACUUGCAGAUAGUCCCUCUGCCUUGUGUUUCUGG